AUGUCCAACACCGACAUACUCGACCCGGCCGACCGGGUGAUCAAAUGCUGCGCUGUGGGGUUCGACAGCCAGCGGCAGCUUUUGGUGUUCUGCGACAGGCAGCCAGCUGCAGCUCAGCAUCUCAGCAUCUCAGAGUCUCCAUCAGUGGUAGCGUCCACAGAGGCAGCAUUAUCCGUUCCGUUCCCCCUGAGCCACCGGUUGACGAUGCGGGAGGUGUUUGACGGGGACGGCCGGCCACGCGUGGACCUGCUGAAGGCCCACCUGACCAAAGAGGGCCGCCUGGAGGAGGCAGUGGCCAUGCGCAUCAUCAACGAGGGCGCCGCCAUCCUGCGCCAGGAGAAGACCAUCCUCGACAUCGAGGCGCCCGUCACAGUGUGUGGAGACAUCCAUGGCCAAUUCUUUGACCUGAUGAAGCUGUUUGAGGUGGGCGGAUCCCCGGCCACGACGCGCUAUCUCUUCUUGGGGGACUACGUAGACCGAGGGUACUUCAGCAUCGAAUGUGUGCUAUACCUGUGGUCACUGAAGAUCUUGUACCCAAAGACCAUCUUUCUUCUGCGAGGGAAUCAUGAAUGUAGGCACCUGACGGAAUACUUCACUUUCAAGCAAGAAUGUAAGAUUAAAUAUUCGGAGCAGGUGUAUGACUCGUGCAUGGAUGCGUUUGACUGUCUCCCCCUGGCAGCCCUGAUGAACCAGCAGUUUCUCUGUGUGCACGGAGGCCUCUCCCCCGAAAUACACACACUCGACGAUAUCAAGAAGCUGGACAGGUUUAAGGAGCCUCCGGCCUUUGGGCCCAUGUGUGAUCUGCUGUGGUCGGACCCUCUUGAGGACUUUGGCAAUGAGAAGACCCAGGAGUACUUCAGUCACAACUCUGUCCGCGGAUGCUCCUAUUUUUACAGUUACCCUGCAGUGUGUGAGUUCCUACAAACCAAUAACCUUCUGUCCAUCAUCCGAGCUCAUGAAGCACAAGAUGCUGGUUACCGUAUGUACCGUAAGAGCCAAACCACUGGUUUUCCUUCUCUCAUAACGAUCUUCUCUGCGCCAAAUUAUCUGGAUGUUUACAACAACAAAGCGGCUGUCCUGAAAUAUGAGAAUAACGUGAUGAACAUCAGACAGUUCAACUGCUCUCCUCACCCCUACUGGCUGCCCAACUUCAUGGACGUCUUCACCUGGUCACUGCCAUUCGUGGGCGAGAAAGUGACGGAAAUGCUGGUGAACGUGUUGAGCAUCUGCUCAGAUGACGAGCUCAUGAACGACGGAGAAGAGAUCUUUGAUGCCACCACAGCUGCAGCUCGUAAGGAGGUGAUCAGGAAUAAAAUCCGUGCCAUUGGGAAGAUGGCCAAGAUGUUCUCAGUUUUACGGGAGGAGAGUGAAAACGUGUUGACCCUGAAAGGGUUAACCCCAACAGGCAUGCUGCCCAGCGGAGUGCUGUCUGGAGGGAAACAGACCUUACAGAGUGCUACCAUUGAGGCCAUAGAAGCCAUCGAGACCGAGGCUGAGGACGGAGAAGCCAUCCGAGGCUUCUCUCCGCAGCAUAAGAUCAGUAGUUUCGAGGAGGCCAAGGGCCUGGACCGGAUCAACGAGCGGAUGCCGCCGCGCCGGGAAGUGCUGUCCGGGCGUAUCGGCGCCUCUGAGCCCAACGGCACGGACGACAACAGCAAUAUCCAGUGA